AUGCUGGCCUCAGGGCUACUUCUUGUGGCUUUGCUGGCUUUCCUCAGUGUAAUGGUUUUGAUGUCUGUCUGGAAGCAGAGAAAGCUACAGGGGAAGCUGCCUCCUGGACCCACACCACUGCCCUUCAUCAGGAACUACCUGCAGCUGGACCCAGAGAAUAUGUACAACUCCCUCAUGAAGAUCAGAGAGCGCUAUGGCCCAGUGUUCACCAUCCACAUGGGUCCCCGCCGGAUCGUGGUGCUGUGUGGAUAUGAUGCAGUCAAGGAAGCUCUGGUGGAUCAAGCUGAGGAAUUCAGUGGACGAGGCGAGCAGGCCACCUUUGACUGGCUCUUCAAAGGCUAUGGUGUGGUCUUCAGCCACUGGGAGCGUGCCAGGCACCUCCGUCGCUUCUCCAUCACCACACUAAGGGACUUCGGCAUGGGAAAGCGUGGCAUUGAGGAACGAAUCCAAGAAGAGACGGGUUUUCUUAUUGAGUCCUUCAGGGAAACACAAGGUGCUUUCAUAGAUCCCACCUUCUACCUGAGCCGAGCAGUCUCCAAUGUUAUUAACUCCAUUGUCUUUGGGGACCGCUUUGACUAUGAAGACAAAGAGUUCCUGUCACUUUUGCGCAUGAUGCUGGGAAGCUUCCAGUUCACAGCUACCUACACUGGACAGCUUUAUGAGAUGUUCUAUUCAGUAAUGAAGCACCUUCCAGGACCACAGCAACAGGCUUUCAAGGAACUGCGGGGGUUGGAGGACUUCAUAGUCAAGAAGGUGGAGCAAAACCAGCGCACACUGGAUCCCAAUUCGCCACGAAACUUCAUUGACUCUUUUCUCAUCCAAAUGCAGAAGGAGAAUAAAUCCAAUACAGAGUUCCACAUGAAGAAUCUAGUCAUGACCACGCUAAACCUCUUCUUUGCUGGCACAGAGACAGUUAGCACAACCUUGCGCUAUGGCUUUCUGUUGCUCAUGAAGCACCCAAAUGUGGAAGCCAAGAUACAUGAAGAAAUUGACCAGGUGAUUGGCAGAAAUCGGCAUCCCAUGUUUGAGGACAAGGCCAGGAUGCCUUACACAGAUGCAGUGAUCCAUGAGAUCCAAAGAUUUGGAGAUAUGAUCCCCAUGGGCCUGGCUCACAGGGUCACCAAGGACACUAAGUUUCGGGAUUUUCUGCUCCCAAAGGACACGGAAGUGUUCCCUGUCCUGGGUUCUGUGCUGAGAGACCCUAAGUUCUUCUCAAAUCCUGGAGAUUUCAACCCCCAGCACUUCCUGGAUGAGAAGGGACAUUUUAAGAAGAAUGAUGCUUUUAUGCCUUUUUCCGUUGGAAAACGGUACUGUCUUGGAGAAGGCCUGGCUAGAAUGGAGCUCUUUCUCUUCCUCACUUCCAUCUUGCAGAACUUCCGAUUCAAGUCCCCCCAGGCGACCCAGGACAUUGAUGUGUCCCCUAAACACGUGGGCUUUGCCACCAUCCCACGGAAUUACACCAUGAGCUUUCUGCCCCGCUGAGUUAAGGCUUUGCCAGGGAAAGCAGAAAGGGAGAGGCAAGGGAAAUGUCGUU